CAUCUUCCUUUUUACUCCUCACCUACCCAUUUCCUCCGCCGGGCAUGUCCUUCACUUUCAUCGGCGGCAGCAAUGGCGUGGAUGAUGCCCUCGAGAGCAAGGUAUCAUCCCUCUCUCGCCAGCUGAAUGCGCUCAUUGGCCAAAUCGAGGGCGGUAGCGCCCAGGCUCGCAACGAUGUCGAAGCGGCGGACCUCUUUUCUCGUUUGGGCGCCCUCAACUGCGAGACGGCCAGUCAGGCAUUACGCAAGGCUUCGCUCAAAGCAACAACGCUCCUCUCCCGUGCGUCGGCAGGCGGUUUUCACCUUGCCUUGCUCAUGUCACGUCAGAUCCCUUGGGUCACCCAAUCAGGCGACGAAGGUGUUUUGCCCAGGCAUGCGCACGAUUGGCUGGCUGGGGCGCUCAGCUAUCUGGCUAGCGACAAAUCAGACGCAGAAGUGCUGACUCCGCUUCUUGAACUCAUCACGAAGCAUCUUGUCCACCCGAGCACGGCCUCUCGCCCAGAGUACACACGACACGUCGUCUCGCCCAAUCUGGGCAAGUUGCCCGGCCUUCUGGCAGCCCGCCUCGAACGGGGUCAGAGGAAUGAGCUUCCCCUUCUUCUCAACACUGUAGCAGACGAGAUCGAGGUACGCGCCAACACCUACCGAUCAGUAGCCUCUCGCCUUCACGCCAGCGCUAGCGCCCACAUAGCAGAUCCGUCAGCGCAAAUCCGUCUCGCUGCCAUUCGACUGCUGGGCCAGUUGCACCUCACAGGCGCCGUCGGCGAGCGAGGGGCAGGCAAGGAGAGCUCCUCAGCACAUCUUUGGUCGGCGACUAUCAAGGCUGCCAUUGGUAGUGCUCGAUCCGCGUUCCAGGACUGCACUACGACCUUCGUGCGUCGUCACGUCACACCGCAAGCCCAGCUCACCAUCCAGGGCACUCCGCUCGAGCGACUCCACCUCGCCAUCAAUCUCUUGCCAGCCCUCCUCUCCCUUCCAACGCAACGGGCCGUUCCUGUGCCUUUAGCGCGACUGUUUGGUCUCGCUCACGACAUGCUCUCUGUCAUCCGCCCCAAGGCAACGGUCGAAGCCGACGUUAACGCAAGUGAGGCCGCAAGCCUGGUCCAGGUGCGCCUCCUUGCACUUCAACUUCUCGUCAUCAGCCUAGAGACGGCCUGCCUCAUCGGGCAGGAUGCAGUCGCCCGCUUCGCGAGCCAGGCGCUGGAGGAUGCGGUAACUUUGCUGGAGGACAAGGCGGAGCCCGCUGCUGUGAGGGCGGCAGCGGCGGAGGUGCUGGCGGUGCAGGUCAGCCUAGAUCCCUCGUCACGUCUGGUGCUGAGGGCGAGCAGGGCUUGCUUAGCUGCUCUGGUUCCGCAGCAGCUAUUCAGUCAGCAAGCGACAAGACCUCCACAGAAGCGCUCUCGAGCCCGGUACGAAUCGGACGCGGUCGCGUCUGGCAGCCAGGUUCCCUCUCCCUCGGUUGACCCACACCUCUCUCGCUCUUGCCUGGCAGCCCUACCUCACCUCUUCCCGCACUUGUGCACCUCUCUCACCCCGCAACACUUCGACCUCGCCCACACCGCCGCCCAGCUUGUCAUCGCGCUUGGCCCUCCCGCUGUACCCUGUCUCGCAAGGUUGGUCGAGUGCUGUCCCGCCGGUAGCCCUCUGUUGGGUCUGAUGGUGCCCAAGUUGAGCGAAGCGGCGCGAUGGUCCGGGAACGCGGAGGUGCAGAGGGUACUGAGGGAGGUCCUGAUGCCUAGGCUGCCGCCCGUGUUGGCAGGCAGACAGGAUGAUCGGGGCGAUGAGGGGGAGGACGAGGCGACGCGGGAUUGGGGGAUCGAUCCGGAGACGGGGAGGGAGACAACCGCCAAGACGGGGCCUGUGUAUGGUGGUGAGGUGACGACGCGGGAAGCGCUCGAGGCGGUCGGGUUGACACAGCCGUGCCAAGAGGUGACUGUGGAAGAAACGGUGGUUGAAGUACAGCACCCAUCGGGAGAUACGCUCGCCGCCCCGGAGCCAACGGUAAUACCAGUGCCACCCGCCAGCUCAACGUCAGCACCGACGGGCCCGCGUCACUCCUCGCCAGCAGCAAUGCUCUCCCCCGAGCCCACAAAGCCGCUUCUUCGUCCCACCACACCGAAGAUCGGGAGCCCACGCGCUGUAUCUGCUUCGAAUGCAACACUGGGAGCAGCAGCGGCGGCGAGCCCGGAGGCCAAGGAGGUCUUUGCCGCCCCGGCGCCUCCAGCUCGCCCCGCAGCUCAACCACAGAACGCGCUGGCAGAGGAUUCGGAUGAUGAGGAAUUGCCAGAGAUUGAUCUCAGGAGUGACGAUGACGAGGAUGACGAAUAGACAAUACCAUCGUUCGCAUUGCAGAGU